UUUAAGGUGACGUAAAGUUUGACAAUGGGAGGAGGUGAAAGAUUUAACAUUCCUAUUCAACAGCAUAGGCUUAGUCUCGGCAAACAGAACAACCGGCAAAAAUUAGUAGAGCGGAACAAUCAGAAAAUCAAUACUUCUCAUGGAAAAGACAGAGGUCGUGGUCCAUCUGGCUUUGCAUGGCAGGCCAUGCAAAACAGAGCAAAUAAUAAUCGUUCCUCAAACCAGAACUGGUUUUCGGGUUUCCCUGGGCCGAAUAACUUCUUAAAUUGUGAUGAAAACCAGAAUUAUGCCGGUGCCAAAUUCAGUGAGCCACCAUCACCAAGUGUUCUUCCAAAGCCACCAAGCCACUGGGUACAUCUGACGUGUAGUCCUGCCGACAAAGAAUUCAUGUCUUUCCAACUGAAGACACUGCUGAAGGUCCAGGCCUAAGAAGCCUGGGAAAAAUCAAUUGAGCAGAUACAGGCCAUUACCGAGUUGCAAGUUGAAGACUGUUUCUUUUUCGCUUCUUCAGCUAUUAAUGUAUCAUAAGGCACAUAAACCAGUAUGAGAUGGAUCCGCUCUGGCUAAAGUCACUCAGGAGCUAGACUGAACUUAAUGUGAGGAGACACUUCUGUGAAGACUCCUGCAUCUGAAGCACUUUUUUUUUCACAGCAUCAAUUGUGCGUAUUGCACUGCAUUUUCUUGUUUCACCCCCUAACCAAAUUAAGUAUAUACAAUACUUUGCACUUGAAGUGAACUGGUGGGUGCAUCUAAAGCUGGUUUGGAACAUGUAGCAUUCUCCAGCUAGUCUUUACCUGUACUUUACCUUUUUCUUGUAUAUUUUUAAUUUGCUUGUGCUGUGAUGACUCUUGUGUA